UUUCCAUGUCACAGCUGAAGCUAGGGCUCUCAAGCCAUGGCCACCGCUCCCAGCAAGGGCAAGAAAGGAGGGGCCACUGCCAAGAGUGUGGAGAGCAGAGAGCCCUGCUUCCUCUCAAAGGGGACAUUUUAGGAGGAGAAGCAAGGCUGGACCACGUGUAUCACUUAUGCCCCUCUCAUGCCAGCACUGGACUCCUGGGGUGACUGGGACCCCGGAGACCCAUGCUCAGGGACCUGGAAAAUGGUUUUACAGCGGCAGAGAAAUGGAGAGAAGCCCGGGACGGCCAUGUGCGUGGGCUGCGGGAGUCAGAUCCACGACCAGUUUAUCCUUCGCGUGUCGCCCGACCUCGAGUGGCACGCCGCCUGCCUCAAGUGCGCGGAGUGCAGCCAGUACCUGGACGAGACGUGCACGUGCUUCGUGAGAGACGGGAAAACCUACUGCAAGCGGGACUACGUCAGGCUGUUCGGCAUCAAGUGUGCCCAGUGCCAGGUGGGCUUCAGCAGCAGUGACCUGGUGAUGCGGGCGCGGGACAGCGUGUACCACAUCGAGUGCUUCCGCUGCUCCGUGUGCAGCCGCCAGCUGCUCCCUGGAGACGAGUUCUCGCUGCGGGAGCAUGAGCUGCUCUGCCGAGCUGACCACGGCCUCCUGCUGGAGCGCGCUGCGGCUGGCAGCCCGCGCAGCCCCGGCCCGCUCCCCGGCGCCCGCGGCCUGCAUCUGCCAGACGCUGGGUCCGGACGACAGCCCUCACUGCGCACGCACGUGCACAAGCAGGCGGAGAAGACAACCCGGGUACGGACUGUGCUCAACGAGAAGCAACUGCAUACCCUGCGGACGUGCUACGCCGCCAAUCCGCGGCCAGACGCGCUCAUGAAAGAGCAGCUAGUAGAGAUGACCGGCUUGAGCCCGCGGGUCAUCCGCGUGUGGUUUCAGAACAAGCGUUGCAAGGACAAGAAGAAGUCCAUUCUCAUGAAGCAGCUACAGCAGCAGCAACACAGUGACAAGGCGAGCCUCCAGGGACUGACUGGGACGCCUCUGGUGGCAGGCAGCCCCAUCCGCCAUGAGAACGCGGUGCAGGGCAGCGCAGUCGAGGUGCAGACGUACCAGCCGCCCUGGAAAGCACUCAGCGAGUUUGCACUCCAGAGCGACCUGGACCAACCCGCCUUUCAACAGCUGGUUUCCUUCUCCGAGUCAGGCUCCCUAGGCAACUCUUCCGGUAGCGACGUGACCUCUCUGUCCUCGCAGCUCCCGGACACCCCCAACAGUAUGGUACCUAGUCCGGUGGAGACGUGAGCGAGGACCCCUCCCUGCCAGCCCGCGGACCUCGCAUGCUCCCUGCAUGAGACGCACCCAUGCUCAGGCCAUUCCAGCUCUGAAAAAUCUCCGGCCCUUGUAAUUAUUGUUGUUAUUUAAAGCGAGCGGGCAGAGGCACGCGACCGCGACGGGACGGCCAGCAGCGCUGGGGCGCAGCCUGCACCGCUGAGACUGGAGACUCCGGCUCCAAGGACUUUUUUUUUUCUUUCUCAUAACUAGAAUUUGGGACAUUCUGGGUUAGCUCCGCCCUCGCCUCUCCCUCGCUGCGUGGGGAACUGUCACUGUCUCUCUGCGCCUUGCUCGCCCGGGAACCCAUCUGAUGGGGUCCUACAGGGCCCUACCGGUGAGGACGCCUGCUCCGAACUCGCCUGCGCUGACCCGAGGCUUUGUUCUGGACCUGGCAGCGAGGACGGAACAAUUCCAAGAAACAGACAUAACCCCCAAAGCGCAUGACUGCCGGACAGAGUAGAAACCAGACUGUCUUUUAAAAAGUGUUUUAAAUUAUCAGUCGACGGAGGACAGUGAGAGCCUUUGCCGAACAAACGUAAGUUAUUGUUAUUUAUUGUGAGGCGAAUAGUGGGACGAAUAUUUUGAUCUUAAUAAAACACAACCCGAUGCCAUGCCGCGCCUGUGUGCUGUUGGCGCCACGGGAGCCAGACGAACGCCACUUCGCGAGUGGGCCUCGUUUCAGCUUCGCCGGCUCCACCCGUCCUCGUGCUGCGGUUCAAUCGGCGCCCGACGGGCGGGCCAGACCCUGAUUGGGCGCCGAGGGCGUGCCCGACGGGGAUUGGGCGUCUACGGGGCGGGCCCGACACUUAUUGGGUGCCGAUGGGGUGGGGCAGGGCGGUUCCAGUGCAGAGUGAACUGCGAGGCGUUUCCGGAAGUGGCAGCGCUCCUAGCCGGAGGGGAGGACACUUGGAGACUGGUCCGAUCGUGGGGUGACUGGUUUAGGGAGCGAAGCCCACUCUGCGCCCCCUGGGCUCUGCGGCGCGUCCUUCGUGCUGUCCCUAGAGUGGAUGCGCGACGUGAUCAAUCUCGCUGCAUUUAUUAAUUCCUCCGUCUAGACAGAGGAGAAGGCCGGGGCGGCUCCUUAUCUACGUUUGGCAUCACCUGCAAGCGAUACACUGAAGGAGCCACAACAAGCCCCCGCUAGGAUCGCGGCUGCAGGAGAAAAUAAGUCCACCCAGAACCAGUCUGGCGUGUCCUUGGUUUAUUUUCUUUCCAGGCCCGAAAUGAAGGGGGCGGGGGAUGGCCCCUGGAUAUGUCGUGCCCAGGUCACUUGGUGUGACAUUUCAAACCCCUGCGACUUGUUUUCUUGAAAACUGGCUUUAGUGAUCGCAGGAAAUAACCAAGAGAUACUGAAUCUGCAGCAGGCCCCCGGGCAAGCAGGGGGUUGGGGGGAGGAUCCCGGCAGGCUCAGGUUUUACCCUCUACAAAUAUUUAACCCUUUGGCAGUCUGGGAUAGUUUUUCCCAAAGCCAGCAUUCUGCCCUCCCUUGGUUGGUUCAGAAAGCUGCCAGCUACCAGCCAAACCACCAUCCUAUGUAACAAUCUGACAUUCCUAUUGUCUCCACAGUUAAAUGGCCAACUGAUCCGGUUUUGUUUUUUUGAGAGAGUGUAGUGCCCUGCUGCAGUAGGGGACAGUUACCAUUCUAGCUUAUAGGAAUGAGCCCAAACCCUCUGUUAGAAGCAGUUGCUUGGGCUGUCCAGCAGUUUCACACUCACCCACCCACCCUACAGCCCCAGUUAAGGAUUGAACAGUUCCUGGCAAUAGAAGAAAAUGAUAACAGGUGGGAAAAUUGAACCAUAUUUAUAGUUUACUUCCUUAAAGUCAAGGUGAUGCUAGCACUUUAAAAAAAGAGAACAUUCUCUUUCUUGGGGAUCUAGGAAAUGGUCUGCAAAUGUACACAUAUAUAUUCUGUAUAUCUAUAUUAUAUACAUACACAGAAUUAAUUAGGGCCAGGUUUACCUCUUAAGGCUGGUUCUUUGAGGCGUCAUUCCCUUAACUUAGACCAUUUCCUUCCAAGCAGAAAUACAGAUUUCUCUGUUUUGCAUCUGGUUGGCUAUUGGAUAGGAAACGAAACUAUAAUAAAUCUUACUUUUGGAAA